GUUUCUUCUCACUGUUCCACCAUGCGUUGGAACUUUGAAGGAAUGGCCCUGCCAUCACCAUCACCACUCAUCCAUACAAACACAUUGACUCAACAGAUUUAAUAUAUUAACUAAUUGGAUCUGCAUUCUAUUAAUCCUGCACACUACAAAACUAUCUCUCUCUCACUCUCUCUGAGACAGCACAGCACAGAGCCACAGAGACGAUCGAAACAUGAAGAUACAAAGCAGUCAAGUCGUCUUUGCUUUGCUGAAUGUUGUGUUCUUUCUGAGUGCCAUGGACAAGAUGAUGACACUAGCGGACGCCAAGAGCAACGUUCACAUCAUUUACCUGGGCGAAAAGCAGCACGAUGAUCCCAAACUCAUCACCGACUCACACCACCACAUGUUGGCUUCCGUUGUUGGGAGCAAGGAAGCUGCAGCAGAGUUGAUGGUGUAUAGCUACAAGCAUGGUUUCUCUGGGUUUGCGGCCAAGCUUACUGAGCCUCAGGCUCAACUAUUUGCAGAGUUACCUGGUGUGGUUCGAGUCAUUCCCAAUCACCUUCAUCCGUUGCAAACAACUAGGAGCUGGGAUUUCCUCAACCUUUCUGAUCAUUCUCCUUCCAAUCUGCUCCAUGGAAGUAAUAUGGGUGAUGGAGUCAUCAUAGGCAUCCUUGAUACAGGAAUAUGGCCAGAAUCUAAAGCUUUCAAUGAUGAAGGGCUUGGGCCAAUCCCAUCUCGUUGGAAGGGAGCUUGUGAAUCAGGACAGCAAUUCAAUGCUACAAAACAUUGCAAUAGAAAACUCAUCGGAGCACAUUGGUACGUCGAUGGACUUCUUGCUGAGUAUGGACAACCAUUAAAUACCUCAAUAGAUUAUUUAUCUCCGAGGGAUGCUAAUGGGCAUGGAACGCAUAUAACCAGCAUCGCUGGUGGCUCUUUUGUGGGCAAUGUUAGCUACAAAGGCCUUGGUUUGGGCACCAUAAGGGGUGGUGCACCCCGCGCUCGACUAGCUAUGUAUAAAGCAUGUUGGAAUGUGCUCGGUGGAUCAUGCUCUGCUGCCGAUAUUCUAAAAGCCUUUGAUCAAGCAGUACAUGAUGGGGUUGAUGUCUUAUCACUGUCCAUUGCAUUUUCCAUUCCUCAGUUCUCUGACGUUGAUGCGCGCGGUGCAAUAGCUACUGGUUCCUUCCAUGCCGUGGCCAAGGGUAUCAUUGUUGUUUGCGCAGCUGGAAAUGAAGGACCGUUAGCUCAAACUGUGAAGAACACAGCACCAUGGAUCUUAACAGUUGGAGCUAGCACCAUGGAUAGAGCAUUUCCUACACGUAUUACCCUUGGAAACAAUAGAACUACAUUGGGUCAAGGCCUAUUUGCGGGGAAGGAGAGUGGGUUCAGGGGCUUGGUACAUCCAGAAGCCAAGGGUACCCUUGACCCAAAUUCUGCAGGCAUUUGUGAAGCUCUGGAACUUGAAGGCAUCUCUGUUGAGGGGAAGGUGGUUUUGUGCUUUGCUGCCGGAGCUCGAUGGCCUAUAACGGCAGGAAUUGCUUCAUCAGCGGUGAGGGCAGCAGGAGGCGUUGGAGUGAUCAUUGCCACCAAUCCCAGUGAUCUUCUAUCUUCUUGUGGUGAUGACGAUUUCCCAUGCAUUGAAGUGGACUACGAGACUGGAACACACAUUCUUUACUACAUCCGUUCUAGCCGUUCUCCUGUGGUGAAGUUAAGCCAUUCUAGAACUCUAGUGGGUAAGCCUGUGUCGGCGAAGGUGGCAUAUUUCUCGUGUCGAGGGCCCAACUCUGUUUCCCCAGCAAUUCUCAAGCCGGAUAUAACUGCGCCUGGAGUAAAUAUAUUAGCUGCUACGUCUCCCCUGGAUCCAUCGAUGGGUGACAGAUACGCAAUGUUUUCGGGAACCUCAAUGGCUACUCCUCAUGUCUCUGGCAUUGUCGCACUCCUUAAAGAAUUGCAUCCUACUUGGUCUCCAGCAGCUAUUAAGUCUGCUCUACUUACAACUGCAUGGAGGUAUGAUGUCUCUGGUUUCCCGAUAUUAGCCGAAGGAGCUCCUAAAAAGAUUGCUGAUCCAUUUGAUAUGGGAGGUGGCAUUGUAAACCCAAAUGGCGCUGCGGACCCUGGCUUGGUAUAUGACAUGGGCAUGGAAGACUACAUUCUCUAUCUCUGCGCCAUGGGUUACGACAUUUCUUCCAUCUCUUGGCUGGUACGACGAGAGUCCAACGCAACUGUACUAUGCCCCAAUGAGCUGCAGAACCUCUCCGUCGUAAACGUAAACCUGCCUUCCAUGACCAUACCAAACCUCAACGGCGCCAUCACCCUCACACGAACUGUGACAAAUGUAGGAGCCAUUGAAUCUAAUUACAGUGUGGCGAUCGAACCACCAAUUGGUACAACUGUGGAAGUGAGGCCAGAAGUGUUGGUUUUCAACGCCACCGCCAAGAGCGCAUCCUUCACGGUGGUCGUCUCCUCGGCUCUCCGGGCAAAUACAGGAUACUACUUCGGGAGCAUAACUUGGACGGACGGUGUGCAUGCCGUGAGAAGUCCCAUGUCUGUUAAAAUACAUGCUUUUGUGGAGAACAAUUAAUCAGAGUUAUUAGAAGCAAAUGCGGGCUAGAUGUCUAUGCCAUAUAUAUAAUAUGAAGUAAUAUAGAAUCACAAAUAGGAGGGGAAGAUCUCCUGUAUAUUUUCCUACAUAUAUAUAAAAUAUGUAUAUGUGUGAGUGUUUUGCCCUAUUUUAUAUAGCAUAAAUAUUUAUUCUAAAA